AUGUCAAUGUCGAUGGAGGCGCUACAGAUGGCCAUGGCGGAUGACGUGGACCAAUGGGAAGCCGCGGACGACCCGCAGGGAACCCUCAGCAUGAUGGCCAUGCUUCUGGGCGGCGCGGACGCCACCCUGGGUGGCACAAACGACGUUUUCCUGGGCGGUGGCGACUUUCAUGUGGGCGGCGCGAGUGACAUGCUGCUGGGCGGCACGUCAUUGGAAGAUCUCCUGGGUGGCGGUACUUACGGCGGCAAUGGCGGCGGCCAUGGCGGCGGAAAUGGCGGGCUGAAUGACGGGAGCAUGGUGUAUGGGCAAGGCCAGUGCGGCCCCGGCGCUAUGGGGUCUGACAUUGACAACCGCAUUACCAGCGUCGGCGGCCAAGGCCAUACGGACGGAGCUCUUCUUGAGGCGGCUUAUAACGGGACGCAGCCCCUGGGGUAUGAUUAUGAGGCCAGUGCUCAUGCCAGUGCUCAUGCCAUUCACAAUGGCGCCUUGCCUGCUGGUAGCAACCAUGGCGCUUCAGCUGGCCAAUGGGAGGAGCCACAGGCGCGUGAUGCUUCCUUCCUUCAGCACAGCAGCAUCGUUGGUCUCGACUCAUCUGCUGUACUCGAUACAAGCGGCCUCGUUUUGAGCCACGCGCAUUCCGCCAUUGCGCCUGAUUCCACCAAUCUGUGGAUGCUACAGCAGCAGCAGCUGCAGCAGCAGCUGCAGCAGCAGCAACACCUGCUGCUCCAAUCCGAGCCUCACACACAGGCUUGGCCGGGCCUGAAGCCACCGUCGGACCUGAAGCCACCGGCGGACCAGAAGCCACCGUCGGACCUGAAGCCCGAGCGGAGGACCCUGGUGGUUCAGUCGUGUGACUAUAAAGGGGGAAGAGGCGGCCGCCAGGGCGCUCAGCUGGUUCAGAUGCCGCCCGGGUUGUGCCUUGCGCCGCCCGUAGUACCUGCGCUUGCCACUGCUGCUACCACACCCAGCGCCGCUGCUCUCGGGAACUCUGCCCCUGCUCCUGCAGCUGCUGGUGUUGGCUUGAAUAUGAACGGCUCGAAUGUGAAUGCAAGUGCGCGCAUGCUGUUCCCUCGGGCCAGCACGGAGCCUGCCAAUGCUGCCCCUCUGGGGAGCACAGCCACAGCAGAGUUGGCAUUGGGGGGUGGACCCUUUCUUGAGAGCAGCACCGCUGGUGCCAUGGCGUGCGGCAUGUGGCGCAGCCACAGCAGCAGCAGCCGCAGCAGGCCGGUCGCUGCAUGGGCGAGCGAGAGCGGACGAGAGGGCGUGGCUGCUGCGUUGUGUGAGGGGGGGGAGACGCCCGCUGCAGGGAGUGGCUUGCUGGAGUUCCCGGAGGAGCUGCAGGCAAUUGAGGCCGUUGCUGCUGCUGCUGCUGCUGCUGCUACCUUCGGUGCUGCUGCUGCUGCUGCUGCUGCUGCUGGUUCCAGUGGUGGUGAGAGUGCAGCAAGGGUGGGGAUGCGCAAGGGUCACAGCAGCAGCAGCGCCAGGCCCCGUGUGACUCAACUGGGCGCACGGGGAGGAAGCAAGCGCGCAAAAGCAGCAGGUGGCACCGGCAUGAACCGAAGCCGCAGCAGCCAUGUGCUUCUCACCACCACUCCUGCUUCCACCACUCCAGCCCUUUCUACCCCUGUGCUUCCUUCACUCUCUCCUCCUCUUCCGGCCUCUGUUCCGGUCACCGCUGGUCCCAGCAGUGGUGCAUCGCCAAGGGCUGAGGAGGACGGGGUGCUGAUGGAGUAUGUGCGCUGCCACGGGCCGCGCAACUGGGGCGCGCUCAGAGCCCGCGGGCUGUUGCGACGGCCUGGCAAGAGCUGCCGGCUGCGAUGGGUCAACCAACUCAAACCCGGCUUGCAGAGGUACGGCGGCAAGGGGUGCAAGCGGUUCAGUGAGGCCGAAGCAGGAGUGGUGCUGGCGCUGCAGCGCGCAGUGGGCAACAAGUGGGCGCACAUCGCGCGCCACCUGCCCGGCCGCACCGACAACGACGUCAAGAACUUCUGGAACCUGCACCUCAAACGACAGGCCCGCCUGCGCGCACGCGGGGGAGGGGCGCGCCUUGAGGGGGACGGGGGAGAGGGGGUGGCUCGGGAUGAGGGGAAUCAGGAUGCUGGUAACCACAGCAGUGGCAACCAGGAGGUACAGCUGCAGAAUGUGGCUUCCCGUGGUCUCCUGGACGAUUGUAACCACCUUGGUGGUGACCAGAACGAUGGAGACCGAAAGGGUGAGAAGCAGGCUAGCGGUGCGAAUGGUGAUGGGGGCCGUGACAGCAGCAUGAACAGUGGCAGCCCAGGGCAUGAGGAAGCAGCACCCGCAUCCGCUCCCUCUCUCCCGGUCCCCUCCUCCCUGCCACCCCACAUGCACCAACACGCAAAGCCGCUCCUCCCGCGCGCCCGCCCCUCUUCCUCCUCCGGGCGGCCUCUGUCGGCCGGCAGCCGCCCGUCGUCCUUGUCUGAGCGGCAGUCGAAGCUGUCGCUGCACCAGAGGCGCCUGCAGCGGAACUCCUCUGGAGGAGGGGGAAGCGGCCUUGGCGCUGCUGCUGGGGGUGGGGGUGGGGGCGGCUGUGCACGCUGUGCUGGUUGCCGCAGUGCCGCUGGUAACAACAAUGGGGCUGACAGCAUGACCGGCACCGGUGCUGCCGCUGUUGCCGCUGCUGCUGCUGGUGCGAUGGCGAGUGGCGACGAUGAGCGUGCGGCAGGGAGUCCCAGGGAGGCCGGAGGGGAAGCUGGAGAAGCCAUGGACGUGGCAGGAGCGGGUAGCAGCCUCUCUGCUCUCAAGAUAGGCGAGCCCAACGCACAGAUGAACACGCUGUUAAACCUAGAGGAUUGGAUCAACUCCCCCUUACCCGCCGCCGCUCCCCCUCGUCGCACGGGCUGCUCGCCUUUCUACAUCAAUCUCUCCCCCUCCGCCCGCCGCCUCCGCUCCCCCGGCUCCCCCUCCCCCCGCUCCCUCUCCCCCCGCUCCCUCUACCUCCGCUCCCCCUCCCCCCGCUCCCUCUACCUCCGCUCCCCCUCCCCCCGCGCCCUUGCCUCCCCCCGCCACCGCUCCUCCCCAGCCCACCGGGUCUUUCCCCAUCCUCCCCCGCACCCCUCGUCCCGCCACUCCCCCCUCUCGUCCUCCCCUUCCCCCCACAACCACCACUCGGGGUCCCAGCCAUCCCCUCUCUCCUCCUCCUCCCCUCGUCCUCCCUCACGGCCUCGGCACCCGCUCUCCUCCUCCUCCUUCUCGCCCUCUCACCCCACGUGCAAUCGCUCACUGGGAAAGGCCUCUGCUCUGGAGCCACGUGAGGUAGAGAUUCUGCCACAUCAAGCAGAGAUUCUGCCAAGUCAGCAGCUUCAUCCCAUUCAGAUGGAAUCUAGGUGGCACAAUCCUGAGCUUGUUUCCAAACCUGCAGGAAACCCUGUUGCCGAGCCUCUUGCCGGGCCAACCGCCGAGCCUAUCGUUGGAGGCAUGAGCAGCGGUGGGAUGAAGGAUAGGAGCGUGUGUCGAAGCAUGAGCAUGGAGAGCAGUGUGCGACGGGGGCAGCACCAGCAGGGCAGGAAAGGCUCUGGCGCUGCUGCUGCCAGUGCCUCGCUACAAGCCUCUCCAAUAGAAGACGUGCUGGUGCCUGCAGUGCGCCAGCAGAAUCUGCAUGAUUACCAAGAGGCUCUGCAGUAUCAUGAUCAGCAGCAUCUCAACCAGCACCUUCAUCAGCAUCUUACUCCCCAUGAGCAAGGGAGGGAGACCACGAGUGGCACGAAGCACGGCAGCACGGGAGGAGGCGGAGCACCCAUCCCCAAGCACCGUCGCCACCACAACACAGCCGCACCACCUCUUACUCAUGGCCCUACCCCAGACACUACUGCUGCGGCUGGUUACUCACACCGUACCACCGCCGGUGCAACCCCGUGCCUGAGCGCCUCAGAACACAGUGCUGGAAGCCCCGCAGUCAGCCGUGCAGCAGCAAGCCCUGCUGUGAGCCACGGAGGAGUGAGUCACGGAGCAAUGAGUCAGGGAGCAGUGAGCCAUGGGGCACUGAGCCAUGGGGCAAGCCCAGCAGUGAGCUACGGAGCAAGUCAGCACACCGGCACUGGCACAGGUUUAAACAGGCACACCCAUGCGCCUGCUCACUCCACGCACUCGGGCCCGUGUGCGAGUGCGUGUGGGAGUGCGUGUGUGAGUGGCAGCAGCCCUCCCAGUGCGAGCCUCAAGGCGAAUGCGGGCGUGCAUGGCAUUCGCGUGUGGCACCUGGGUGCGCCUGCUGCCGCCCUCGUGCCGCCCGUUAUUGAUGUCUCUUCUGUUGCUGCUGCCGCCCAUGUGGGGUUGGGGCAGUCUGGGGAUGCUGGUGGGUUACAACACCAGUUUCGUCGCCACCCAACACCAGCAGCCAUGGCGUCCCUGCCCGACCGCGGUGCUCUCCGUCCUCGCGCCGCAUCGCCGGAGAUCGACUGGGACAGGUUGGACAAGACGCGCAUGUUCGUGGUGGGCGCGGGGCUCUUCAGCGGGCUGACCGUUGCGCUCUACCCGCUCUCCGUCAUCAAGACGCGCCUCCAAGCCAACACGCUCAAGGGGAUUCAGGGGGUAACGGAGCUGACUAUAGAGGGGUCUUUUGAUGAUACUGGCAGUAGCAGCAGCAGCAACAGCAGCAGCGGCAGCAGCAGCAGUGGUGGGAGCAGUGGGAGGAGUGAGAGCAGAGGUGGCAGUGGCGGUGUGGUGGGCGGCACAGGGCGGUGGCUGCAUUUGUCUGAUAUGGCAGCAGCAGGGCUGGCGAGUGCGGUGGGUGGCAUGUGCGCGUCUCUUGCCACCCAAGCCGUUGUUGUUCCUGUGGACGUGAUCAGCUCUCGUCUCGUGGCACAGCAGGGCGACCUGCCCCACCACGCCACCAGACCCGCACCCACAGCACCAGGAGCGCCGCUAGCAGCCGCCACAGCAGCAGCAUCUGCCACACCAGCAGCAGCAGCAGCAGCAGCACGGGCAGCAGCAGCGGCAGGGGCGGGGGCAGCAGGGGGAGGCGCAGGGGCGGGGGCAGUGCGGUACAAGGGGGGGAUUGACGCACUCGUGACGAUUCUGCGAACGGAGGGACCGCGAGGGCUGUACCGCGGGUUUGGGCUGUCAGUGCUCACGUAUGCGCCCUCGGGGUUCAUCUGGUGGGGAACCUAUGGCGCCACCCAGCGACUCUUCUGGAGUUCGUACGACCGGUUGUGGGCACCAGCAGGCAACACUGCAGCACCUCCGCUGCUCGUGGUGGUGGGAGUGCAGGUGGGCGGGGGCAUGUGUGCAGGGCUGGCGUCCGCCCUCGCCACCACCCCGCUGGACACCGUCAAGACGCGCAUUCAGGUGGGGCGCAGGAGCGGGGCAGCAGUGACAGUGGCAGCAGUGGUGAGGCAGCUGGUGGAGCAGGACGGGGUGAGAGGGCUGUACCGUGGCUUCGCCCCUCGCUGUGCCAGCACCAUGCUCUGGGGCACUGCCAUGGUCUCCACCUAUGAAUACCUCAAGCGCCUAUGUGCCAAGGACAGCUCUGAUGAAUUUGAUGGGCUGCUGACGAGUCAAAGAGAAGAUUGA